AUGUCCUCAAAAAGUAAUAUUACCAAACGCGGCACUCCCCGGCGUCGCAAGAUUGCGCUGGCUUGUGAAGCUUGUCGCGAUAAGAAGGUACGGUGCGACGGGGAGAAGCCGAUCUGUGGACCUUGUGCUCGACGAUCCUAUACGAUCGAGCAAUGUGUCUACAAAAUCGAGAAUGCACGUUCUGCAAGCAACGAUGCGUACCUCAAGGUUCUGCAUGACCGAAUCCGUGAGCUGGAGGAAACAUGCGCCCGCAACGGAGUCUCUGUUCCCCGAGCGUCAUCCAAUGAGGUUGAAGAAGGACAAAGUAGAGGGCCAAGUGCUUCUCAAGAGCCACAGCCAUCAUCAUCCAAUAUACUAGAUACAGAGACCAGGACUUCCGUUGCGGCAGAAGGGCUUCUUGGGUUGGGCUCGACUGUACCCUUGCCUGCCUUUCGACAGCCUUAUUUAGCGGCAAUUUUAUCACCACCAGCUCCGCAUUCACAGGCGGGUAGACCCUCCAUGCAAUCCAGUCAAGCAAACAGAAGACAAUCCGAGCAUAUAUAUGGAACUCCACGUGAGAACUCGAGCUCUAGCAAUGUCUAUCCGUCACCAUCGCUCAACUCACAUGGAAACGUCACGGCCAUGGGGGCAAUUUCCGCCGGCGACGAUGGGGAAUGCACCGAUUCUCCACGAGAUCAAUAUUUUGGAAACUCUUCUGUAGCUUCCUUCAUGCGUCUGGCCGGUGACUCUAUUCCCAUACGCUCCUACUUGCAGGCCCUGAAGCGCAUAGAGGGUGAUACACCGGGUACCUCUUAUCGGCAUGCAGGACUGUGGCGUGAUAUCAACUUUCCGACCACUGGUCUUCAGUUUGAUGACUUUUCUUUACCCCCACGGCCCUUGGCUGACCACCUUUUGGAAUGCUUUUGGGACCGAGUGUAUUGUCUAUACCCCUUCUUCCAUCGUCCGAGCUUUGAACAGGCCUAUGAGAACCUUUGGGGGUCCAGCAAAUGGCCUAAGCCAGAGUUGCCUGAACUUAAUAUCGGACUCGGAGGAACUUUUGACUCCGGAAAUCAGUCGAUUGUGUUUCACUGCGCACUCAACGCAAUUUUUAGCCUUGGGUGUCAUUUCUCUGAUAUCCCUGCUGCCGAGAGGGAGGCUGCCGCAUACUCCUUUUUCCUCCGGUCCAAACGAUUUGUUGGCCUUGACCUUCUGGAUACCGGCACAAUCGGUGUUGUGCAAACUCUGUUGAUUAUUUCGCUGCUUCUUCAGAGUACCCCAUAUCCCAAUCGCUGCUGGAAUGCGAUCGGGGUCGCGUGUCGGGUCGCACUAGGACUGGGCUUGCACGAAACAACGACGCAAUCUUCGAUAAAGCCCCUUGAAAAGGAGAUUCGCCUUCGAACGUGGCACGGCUGCGUUAUCAUGGAUAUGAUUGUGAGCAUGACCUUCGGCCGACCCAGUAUGACGUCCCAUGUCUCGCCGGCACCUCUCCCUAUCAUGGCCCCACAAUCUCAAUCGGAUGACCCAUGCGAGCUCAGCAACCAGUCUUGCGAUCAUCAACUUGGGUAUAUGACAUUUUAUGUGUCCACGAUUGAGCUAUAUAAGAUUCUUGAGUCUAUUCUGUCAGACAUCUACAAUGCUUGGCAAAGUCACUCGAAUGUACAUCGCCCUGCAUCGCUUCGAGACUCGAAGCACAGCAGUCUGGAUGUUAUCAUGGAGCUUGAAGAUAAGCUAUCUUCAUAUGAAGCUAAUGUUCCCCCAGUCUUGAUUUGGACAAAUGGAGAAACCUCACAUGGCUCUACCACUCAGCAAGGAUCGCUCUUUAAGCGUCAACGCAACGUGCUUCGUGCAAGGCCUAUGUUCACACAGCUCUGCUCAGACGAACGAACAGGCCUCGCACGACAUACCGGGCCAGAAGCAAACAAGGCCACCCCACGACAAGAGAAGAACGUCAUUUAUUCCUCCAUGUCCGUCAACUGCGCAGCAGCCUGUGCAAAAGCCGCCAUGGAACUCGUUUCGCUCGUCUAUGAGACCUAUAGGACUUCGCUUACAGAUGCGUGGUGGUAUAAUGGCUUCUAUACAUCAACCGCUGGCUUUGUGCUGAUCAUGUCUUAUACCUGCCGCUCAAUUCUUGAUCAGGUCGAUAUGCAUGCUGUCGAUACCGCAUGGCAGAGAUGCGAGGAGAUCCUCACCAACAUGGCAUCUUUUAGCUUGUCUGCACGUAAUUCAUUGCAAUUUUUACAGGUUACACACCAGUACAUCAUACAGAACUACACAGUAGCAACCAGAAGUGAAGAUGCCCAUAUAUCUGCACCAACUCAGUCACAACCGCAGCAACGAAGUUCUCGGCAGAAUGCACUUUCCGCUCAGCACGCGGAUCUUAUGUCAGAAGACGCAAGUUCCCAGGACCCUGAAUCCAAUAGUGCCCCUAAUAUCAAUCCUUUCAUGAGUUGGGAUGAGAUGGGUUUAAGUCAAGAGGAAUUUGGAUUCCUCGGACGAUUCGAUGUCCCCGAUCUUGCAAGCUGGUUCUCGGAAGUCCCCGAUAUUCCGUGA